AUGGGAAAAGGAAACUGUACUGCUGUGACAGAGUUUGUGCUUCUUGGAUUAUCAGACGCACCUGCUGGAAGAGUCCUUCUUACUUUGGUUUUCUUUGUCAUCUACGGAGUCACAGUUCUGGCCAACCUGGGCAUGGUUGCCUUGAUUCAGAUCAGCGUUCCACUUCAUACUCCCAUGUACUUUUUCCUCAGCCACUUGUCCUUUGUAGAUUUCUGCUACUCUUCAAUCAUCGUGCCAAACAUGCUGCCUAACACCCUUCAGGAGGAUGGAGCCAUCUCCUUUUUGGCAUGCCAUAUACAGUUCUAUUUGUUUUGCACCUGCGUGGUCACAGAGGUCUUCCUGCUGGCCAUCAUGGCCUAUGACCGUUUUGUGGCCAUCUGUAACCCUCUGCUGUACAGGGUCAUCAUGUCCCAGAAACUCUGUGUGGUGCUGGUGUGUGGCUGCUACCUCUAUGCGUCGGCAUGCGCCCUGAUUCACGUGUGCCUGGCCCUCAGAUCAAAUGUAAUCAAUCAUUUCUUCUGUGAUCUACCCCCUCUCUUAAGUCUGGCUUGCUCUGAUGUCACUGUCAAUGAGAUAGUGCUGUUCAUUGUGGCCACCUUCAAUGAGACCAUUAGCAUCGUGGUGAUCCUCACAUCCUACCUGUUCAUUCUGGUCACCAUCCUGAGGAUGCGCUCUGCCAAGGGGAGGUACAAGGCAUUUUCUACCUGUGCCUCUCACCUCACAGCCAUCGUGGUCUUCCAUGGGACAAUCCUCUCCAUUUAUUGUGCACCUACAUCAGAAAACAGCGGUGAUGCUGAGAAAGUGGCCACGGUGUUCUACACUGUGGUGAUUCCCAUGCUGAACCCCCUGAUCUAUAGCCUGAGGAAUAAGGAUGUGAAAGAAGCCCUUAGGAAAGUUCUGAGGUCUAAAACAGGUGCUUAG